CUUGGCCUCAGGGAGAAGCCGAAAGGGGUCUCUUUCCCUAGAGUCUAUUUCCAUUCCUGUGCAAACCCUUCCCUUCCCUCCCCUUCCUAGCUGCCUCAGCAAUGCCCCGGGCCAAGAAGCCGUUAGACCUGGAAUCUGAGGAUUGGGUAGGGGCACCCAAAUGGCGGGAAAAGAUCCUGAAGACAGCCCAGGAGGCCCAAAGUCUGACAGAGAUGUGCGGGCAGAGGGCGGUGGCUAUGUGGCAUCCCAAGGAGCCACCCCGCGACCCCACUGUGGCCCGACGCCUGAUCCGGGAGGCCCAGCUGGCACCCUGGCGCUUCCGCAUGCAACUGGUUAAGGGCGGGGGCAUGAUGGAGACCCCACCACGCGGCAAGGGUGUCACGCUCUGGUGGGGCAAGAUCAAGCCUCCCCAGUGGAAGUCCCGCAUGCCUCUGCCCCUCCUCCGGGACAUGACCACCCUGCAGACCUCAAAGCAGAUCCAUGCCUAUGCCCGAGAGUGCCGGCUGGUCGCCGCUCGCCUGAACCGGGCAGGGGACCAGGUCAACCUGAAGAUGCGGGAGCUGAUGAAACAGCGACAAUCCACAGACCAUACCCUAAGCAUUGUGCGCCGGGGGAUACUGGUCAACCAGCAGUGCAAACAGCUGCGUACCUACCGGCCCCGCUCGGAGAAGGUACCUGACCAGGUGGAUGAGAUCCUGGAGAAGGAGCGACAGCUGCUGCUGAAGCUAAAGAGGAAACUGGAGCAAGACUUGGGCAUUUCGGAGAGUGUGGUCAAGGAUCUGGCUAAGUGUCGCUCCUCCUUGGAGUCCUGCUGUCAGCAGCGAUUGCUUGUGGUGGAGCUUCUAAACAAAUCCCUGGAGGAGGUGCUGGGAGAAGCUGGAAGGAAAUCUUGGCUCUUCCUCAGCCGUCCACCCUCCCCCUGGCAGGAAAUUAAUCCUACUCCCACCGCGAACCCUCUGGGCGCCUACACCCCCGAGUGUGCUGUGAUCCUUGAUACGGCAAAGAACUUGUAUCCCAAGGCCCAUGAUGUGCUGAAACAGCUGGUGAAAAACCAGGCACUUGUGAAGACCCAACAGCAAGAAAUAUACAAACAAGUGAGGCAAAAGCUGACCCAGAAGAUGAAGGAGACCAUGAUGCUCAAGGAGCGGCUGAAUGUGUCCUCGGGGCUGAUGCGAGGGACCAUCAACCAGAGUGAGAAGUUCAAAGAGGACUUGGAACAAACCCAGGGGGUCCUCCAGGGACCUAUGACUGUGAAUUACCUGGAGACGCGGGAGAAGUUGACACGCCCCAUGGUGCGGGUGUACCAGAGACACGUGGGCACCCAGCUGCCCGAGGCCACCCGCCUUGCCCAGGCCUCCCAGAAGUUGGAUAAGUUCCUGACCCACACAAACCAGGACCUGGAGAAAUUGAAGGCUACACAGGAGCACCUCAAAUCGUGUAUGAGCAGCAAGCAGAUGGGCUAUGAUGUGGACUAUGCAGUCCUGCGGCUGCGUCAGCACCAGAACCACCCACACAUGACCUACGAGCAGGCCCAACGCCUCGUUCAUAACUGAUUAACCUCUAACUCCCCAAAGGUGGCAGGGAAGGAGAAGGGGGAGGUAGUGAGAAUAAACUAUGAUGGAGCUGUCCAU